AUGAGCCACUUGAUGAACCUACCAAUCCUCCUCCUCAAGGAAGGAACCGAUACUUCGCAAGGCAGAGCACAAAUCAUCAGCAACAUCAAUGCCUGCCAAGUUAUCGUCAAUUGUGUAAAGACCACACUAGGACCUCGUGGUAUGGACAAACUUAUACACACUGAAAAUGAUGUUACAAUAACGAAUGAUGGAGCCACAGUUCUUAAUCUUUUGGAUGUAGCGCAUCCUGCAGCAUCUGUCUUGGUUGAUAUUGCCAAGUCACAAGAUGAUGAAGUAGGAGAUGGAACAACUUCUGUAACCGUACUUGCCGGAGAGUUGUUAUCGGAAGCGAAAACAUUUGUGGCAGAUGGAAUGAGUCCACAAAUGAUCAUAAAAUACUUUCGUCAAGCUUGUGACAUGGCUUUAAAGACCAUUGAUAAUAUAAGCAUUAAUCUUUCCAACAAAUCACAACAGGAAAAGACAUCUUUACUCCUAAAAUGUGCAGAAACGACCUUGACAUCAAAACUUGUCUCUGGUCACAAGGAAUUCUUUGCAAAAAUGGUAGUUGAUGCAGUAUCAUUGCUAGACACUGAUCUCGACCAAGAUUUAAUCGGAAUUAAAAAGGUCACUGGCGGAUCCUGCACCGACUCUCUGCUCGUGAAGGGAGUUGCAUUUAAGAAGACGUUCAGCUAUGCUGGAGCGGAACAACAACCAAAGAAAUUUGAGAAACCUAAAAUCCUUCUUUUGAACCUUGAGUUGGAACUCAAGGCUGAGAAGGAAAAUGCCGAAAUUUUAAUAACUAAUCCAGAGGAGUACCAAAGUAUCGUAGAUGCAGAGUGGUCUAUUAUUAACGAAAAGCUCGAGAAGAUUGCAAAUUUGGGAGCAAAUGUCGUACUUUCUAAGCUACCAAUCGGUGAUAUUGCCACCCAGUUCUUUGCGAGUAAAAACAUCUUCUGUGCUGGAAGGGUUGAGCAAAGCGAUCUCUUGAGAACAUCAAAGGCCACAGGAGCUGCUAUUCAAACCACAGUAAAUGGAGUUUGUGCUGAUGUCCUAGGGACAUGUGGAGUAUUUGAAGAGGUACAAAUUGGCGGGGAACGCUUCAAUUUAUUCAAGGACUGCGAACACUCAAAAACUUCAACCAUCAUAUUGAGAGGAGGCGCUCAGCAGUUUAUAGACGAGUCUGAACGCUCAUUACACGAUGCCAUCAUGAUUGUAAGGAGGGCUAUGAAAAGCAAUUCAAUUGUUGGUGGAGGUGGCGCUAUUGAAAUGGAACUUUCAAAGGUAUUGCGCGAGUACAGUCUGUCAAUUGUUGGAAAGCAACAAAUCAUUAUAAAUGCAUUUGCGAGGGCACUUGAAUGCAUACCAAGAAAUCUCGCAAUAAAUUCCGGAUUCAAUCCUACGGAUCUUCUCAGCAAACUUCGCAGAGAACAUGCAAAAACAAAGGGUGAUCCUGUAUGGUUUGGAAUUGACUGUAUACGCGGAGGAAUAUGCGACUCAUACCUCGAGUGUAUUUGGGAACCUUCAGUUGUCAAGAAAAACGUUGUCUACUCUGCAACAGAAGCUGCAUGUCUGGUUUUGUCAAUAGAUGAAACUGUAAAGCAUAAUAAGCAAGCUGGAAUGAAUAGUGCACUUCCAGGACAAAAUUAA